AUGCGUGGCGGCCACGGCGGGAAGAGGAAGAAGAGGGGGAAGAAGAAGGAUGACGGCGACGGGGAUCAUACUGUCGGCGUCGAGGCAGGUCUAGAUCAUAUUGCCGGCGUGAAUCUAGGUCCAACGUAUAUCGUCGCCGUGGGUCUAGAUCUGAAUCAUACCCUUGACGUGAAUCUAAGUCCAGGUCAUGUCGCCGACGCGAAGCAGUGUCCAGUUGACUUUCUCGACGAGAGCCAGGGUCUAGUUCAUAUUCUCUGCGAGAGGCUGGCUCAAUUCCAUACUCUUGCCGUGGGUCUAGGUCUGAAUUGUACGGUCGACGCGGUUCCAGGUCGAGAUCAUACCGUCGACGUGAAUCCAGGCUUGGAUCAUAUUGCCCAUGGGAACUUGGACCCAGUUCGUAUUCCUGGCGUGUAUCCGGGUCUACUUCAUCUUUUGGGCCGAAUUCCAAAGCUGGAUCAUGCUGUUGACGUGGUUCCAAGUCUGAAUCGAGUUGUCGAUGCGUAG